AUGCCACCUAAUAAAGAACCAGUUAAGAAAUGGAAAGCUCCUCUGGGACCAAAGCCAAUCAAGAGGAAAAAUAAAAACACUAUUGGUUUAGGAAAGGCGAUUCAAAAUGCAAGAAGUAAAGAAAACGCCAUUGAAUAUUUGCCAGAUGGCGAAAUGCGUUUUACAGUUGAUAAACACGAGGCUAACUGGGUUAAAUUAAGAUCAGUCACCCAAGAGUCUGCUCUAGAUGCAUUUUUAAAUACUGCAGAAUUAGCUGAUAAGGAUUUCACUGCAGAUAGGCAUUCCAAUGUUAAGAUUAUCCGCAUGAAUGCUGGUGACGAUACUGCAACAUCACAGGGAUUCACCUUAACCAAUGAACAAAGAGCUACUAUGAAUGCAAAGCAAAGAACUCACUUAAAAGAUUUAAUAGUACCCAGAAGACCAAACUGGGACGAAAAAACGAGUCGGUUUGAGCUGGGAAGGCUGGAGAAAGAUGGGUUUUUGGACUGGAGAAGGAAGCUAGCUGCUUUGCAGGAAGACAAUGAGGAUCUUUUAUUAACACCAUUUGAACGGAAUAUUGAAGUUUGGAGACAGUUGUGGAGAGUUAUCGAAAGAUCCGAUUUAGUUGUACAGAUUGUUGAUGCUAGGGACCCUCUACUUUUUAGGUCAAUUGAUUUAGAAAGAUAUGUUAAGGAACUUGACGACAGGAAACAAAAUAUGCUAUUAGUAAAUAAGGCCGAUCUAUUGACUAGGAAUCAACGUAUAAUAUGGUCCAAGUACUUCAUCUCCAGAGGUAUCUCGUUUUCAUUCUUCUCUGCUCGUAUUGCAAAUGAGAUACUAGAAAUGAAAAAGGAGCUAGGGGAGGACUAUGUUCAUAAUGAAGAUGAGAAGCAGCACUAUGAAGAGGAAGAGGAGCAGGAUGAAUUGGAUGGGGAAAAGGUGGACCAAGAGGUUUUGGAAAAAACAAAAAUCUUAGAGAUACAUCAGCUGGAGGAAUUGUUUUUGGCUAAUGCUCCGCGGGAGCCGUUAAUUCAGCCUAGACCUGGACAAGAACCGCUAAUUCAAAUUGGGUUAGUAGGCUACCCAAAUGUUGGAAAAUCGUCAACAAUUAAUGCUUUAAUUGGUUCCAAAAAAGUUUCUGUUUCAUCCAUCCCAGGUAAGACUAAGCAUUUUCAAACCAUUAGACUUUCUUCACGUGUAAUGUUAUGUGAUUGUCCUGGUUUAGUUUUCCCCAAUUUUGCAUAUAAUAAGGGAGAGCUUGUUUGUAACGGUGUCCUUCCAAUUGACCAGUUACGUGAGUAUAUUGGCCCAUGUACAUUGGUGGUUGAAAGAAUCCCAAAGUUCUACCUGGAAGCUGUUUAUGGUAUACAUAUUGAAACUCGAUCUAAAGAAGAUGGUGGCCAUGGAGAAACUCCAACCGCACAAGAGCUAUUAGUUGCAUAUGCGAGAGCUCGUGGUUAUAUGACACAAGGAUUUGGUUCAGCAGAUCAAUCCCGUGCAUCCCGCUACAUCUUAAAGGACUAUGUUAACGGCAAGUUACUAUACGUAAACCCUCCCCCACAUCUUGAAGACGACACGCCAUACACCAAGGAGGAAUGCGACGAAUUUAACAAAGAUUUAUACACAUUCAAAAGAUUACCUGAAACAAGGAGACACCAAAUUGCAGAAGCGGCUAAGCACAAAGGCAUUGUGAAACUAGACUUAGCUCGUGAUCUACGUCUAUUGACAUUUUCCUCUCAUAUCGGCGGUGACGGUAACACAUUACAGGCGAAGUCCGUUAAUCAUGGAGGUCAACAGGCAGCAUUGUAUAACGCAGCAGAUGAUUUAGACAGAGAAUUUUUCAAGAUGAACCUCGUCGAAGGUCAAUUAACUAAUCCUUUUCAUAGGAGCUCUGUUGCAAAUGGUGGCGGCAAGAAGCAUAACAAGAGUAACAAAAAGGGCAAAAAGAAAGCUGCAAAGUCACGAGUAUCUGAGUAUUAA